AUGAGUAAUUUUGAUUCCGGCUAUCAAUGGUAUCAGACUGAUUCGGCGGUCUAUGUCUCAGUUUUACGAAAGGGCGUCGAUUCCAACGCCCUUCAUAUUGAUUUUGAUUCGAAGUCAGUCAUAAUCUCAAUAAACGGUGAAACAAUUAAUAGAAUUAAUCUUGCCCACUCUAUUGAUCCAUCUAAAUCUUCCUUCAAAUGUACUUCCAUGAAAAUCGAACUCAAAUUAGCCAAAACUGAGAGUUUCCAAUGGAAUUGUUUAGAGGGUGUCGAUUCUAUGGCUUCUCUCAAAGUUAUUGAUGCUCCGGCUGCCACCCCAAGUGAUGGAGACAAGUCGAAGGCUGCCAAAUCUACCCGAAACUGGGACGCUGUAGCCAAAGAGGCUGAUGAAAUUGAGGAGGGUGAUCCCCUCAAUAAUCUCUUCCAAAAAAUCUAUAGUGAAGCUGAUGAAAACACUCGGAGAGCUAUGAUGAAAAGUUUCGUUGAGUCCAAUGGAACAGUGCUGAGUACAAACUGGGAUGAGGUCGGUAAAGGUAAAGUGGAAAUGAAGCCUCCAGAUGGGAUGGAAUUUAAGGAGUACGCCAAGUAG